AUGUUGGGAAGCCAAAAUUUGAUUACCGGUUUCGCCUUCACAGUGUUGCUCUCAAAACUCUCCACCGUCGCGCCUUCACAGUUCAUCGCACCUUCACAGUUCACCGCCGCACUUGCACAGUACAUUCACUAUUCUCUUCUCUGGACCAUCCACAGUUCGUGUACCGCAAGUACAACUCGACCUCCUUCAAGCGACAAUCGUCCGUCGGCUAGCGCGUAUUGCACAUUGUCCGUCGAUCGCCGCCCAUUGUCCAUCAACAGCCGUUUGACGUUCUUUGUUACGGAUCGUAAAUGGGUUUAUGCUCCCCGGACAAGUUUAGAAUAUGAAAAUGGAGUAAAUGAGUUCUUAGAGUUUGCUAGCAAGCAUGAUCCUGACAGUAACGGGAAGUUCUUAUGUCCGUGCGUGAAUUGUCUGAAUGAGAGGAGAUUAAGUGCUGAUCAAAUUCGAGAGCAUGUGGUUUGCGAUGGUUUCAAUAAGGGUUACACCGAAUGGAUAUGGCAUGGUGAAUUUGAAAUGCCGAGUAGGCCAAAAAAUGAAGAAGUUGAUGAAGAUAUGUAUGAUCGAGUGGAAGAGAUGAUUAAUGAUAUUGUAGCUGAAGCCUUUGAGCAACUCGAACAUGGGAGAAAGACGGUGUACCUUGGUAGUCGAAAGUUUUUGAAGCCGGCCCACCCAUACCGUCGAUUGAGAAAAGCAUUUAAUGGUCAUACCGAGUUUGAAAGUGCUCCGGAUGCGUUAAAUGGCGAACAAGUCCUUAAUAGAGUUAAAAACCUCAAUUUGAGGUACGGUAAAACACAAAAGCCAGCCGAGAGAAGCUUAUGGAAAAAGAGAUCUAUCUUUUUUGAUCUUCCUUAUUGGGACAAGCUUGACGUACGUCAUUGUAUCGAUGUGAUGCAUGUGGAAAAGAAUGUGAGCGAUAGUCUUAUAAGCACACUUCUUAAUAUACAAGGCAAGACAAAAGAUACAGUGAAUGCUCGAAAAGAUAUGAUCGCUAUGGGAAUACGAGGGGAGUUGGCUCCGGUGCCUCAAGGUAGGAGAACUUAUCUACCUCCAGCAUGUCACACACUAUCAAAGAAAGAGAAACAAAGUUUUUGUGAGUGCUUACGCGGAGUGAAGGUUCCCCAAGGAUAUUCCUCCAAUGUAAAGUGGUUGGUGUCGAUGAAAGAAUUCAAGCUGCUUGGGUUGAAGUCUCACGACCAUCACAUACUAGUCCAACAACUACUUCCAGUGGCUAUUAGAGGCAUAUUGCCAAAAAAAGCUUAUGUGAAGAACCCGCGCCGACCUGAGGCAUCCAUUGUUGAAAGAUAUGUUGCAGAAGAGGCUGUAGAAUUUUGCAAUGAAUAUUUAUCACAGUCAAAAUCUGUUGGCAUCCCUAGUGCUCGCCACAAAGGAAAGGGGUCCGGUAAAGGGACUGUCGGGGGACAACUUAAGAGUGUUGAUCGUGAAGAAAUGAUACAGGCACAUACAUAUGUUCUCAAUAAUACUCCUUAA